AUGUCUUAUAACAAACCCACAAGCCCACCACCCUCCUACCCAGCCCAGGCCCACGACGCGGGCCCUUACUACCAACAGCCGCAAGGCGCCGCGGGCGACUACUACGGCGGCCAGCCCCAACAACAGGGCUACUACCCAACCCAGCAAGGCUAUGGCCAGCCACAGCAAAAUCAGCAGGGCUAUUACCCCCAAGGCCAGCCGAUGUACUACCCACCGCAACAGCAGGGCGGCUACCCCCCUCAACAGGGAUACUAUGCCAACGACCGCGGGAACUCCGGCGGUGGUGCAGGUGGCAUCUGUGCUGGUAUCAUGGCUGCGAUGGCUUGUUGCUGCUGUUUGGAUAUCUUGUUCUAG